GCAUUGUGGGAAGGAGGCAGCAGCGUCCCGGGCGGGCGGGAGGUGCACCAGCGGCGGUGGCGGCGGUAAAUCCUCCCGGCCGCUCACAGCACUGUGGAGCCGCGUCCCCAGCUCGGCCUCGGACCGCGGCGCCCCUCCUGCCCCUCGCGGCUUCCCGCCCGCCCGCCCCUCCCCCCGGCGCGCCGGCCCUGCCGAGCCGGCGGGCCGGCCUGGCUCCCCUCCCCGGCCCCGACGGGCGGGCGGGCUGCCCUGAGGAGGCGGGGAGGGGAGCGCUGGGCCGGCCCGCGGGCGGGCGACGAUGCCGAACUUCUGCGCUGCCCCGAACUGCACGCGGAAGAGCACGCAGUCGGAUCUGGCCUUCUUCAGGUUCCCGCGGGAUCCGGCCAGAUGCCAGAAGUGGGUAGAAAACUGUAGAAGAGCAGACUUAGAAGACAAAACACCCGAUCAACUAAAUAAACAUUAUCGAUUAUGUGCUAAACACUUUGAGACCUCUAUGAUCUGUAGAACUAGUCCUUAUAGGACAGUUCUUCGAGAUAAUGCAAUACCAACAAUAUUUGAUCUUACCAGUCAUUUGAACAAUCCACAUAGUAGACACAGAAAACGAAUUAAAGAAUUGAGUGAAGAUGAAAUCAGGACACUGAAACAGAAAAAAAUUGAUGAAACUUCUGAACAGGAACAAAAACAUAAAGAAGUCAACAACAGCAAUGCUCAGAAUCCCAGUGCAGAAGAAGGAGGUGAAGAACAGGAUGAAGACAUUUUACCUUUAACCCUUGAAGAGAAGGAAAACAAAGAAUACUUAAAAUCUUUAUUUGAAAUUUUGAUUCUUAUGGGAAAACAAAACAUACCUCUGGAUGGACAUGAAGCUGACGAAAUCCCAGAAGGUCUCUUUACUCCUGAUAACUUUCAAGCGCUACUGGAAUGCCGGAUAAAUUCUGGUGAAGAAGUUCUGAGAAAGCGCUUUGAGACAACAGCAGUCAACACAUUGUUCUGUUCAAAAACACAACAGAAACAGAUGCUUGAGAUCUGUGAGAGCUGCAUUCGGGAAGAAACCCUCAGGGAAGUGAGAGACUCUCACUUCUUUUCGAUUAUCACUGAUGAUGUAGUGGACAUAGCAGGGGAAGAGCACUUGCCUGUGUUGGUGAGGUUUGUUGACGAAGCUCAUAACUUGAGAGAGGAAUUUGUGGGCUUCCUGCCUUAUGAAGCUGAUGCUGAAAUUUUGGCCAUGAAAUUUCACACUACGAUAACUGAGAAGUGGGGAUUAAACAUGGAGUAUUGUCGUGGCCAGGCUUAUAUUGUGUCCAGUGGCUUUUCUUCCAAAAUGAAAGUUGUUGCUUCUAGACUUUUAGAGAAAUACCCGCAAGCUGUCUACACACUCUGUUCUUCCUGUGCCUUAAAUAUGUGGUUGGCAAAAUCGGUGCCUGUUAUGGGAGUGUCUGUUGCAUUAGGAACAAUUGAGGAAGUUUAUUCUUUUUUCCAUCGAUCACCACAACUGCUUUUAGAGCUUGACAAUGUAAUUUCUGUCCUCUUUCAGAACAAUGAAGGAAGGGGUAAAGAAUUGAAGGAAAUUUGUCAUUCUCAGUGGACAGGCAGGCAUGAUGCUUUUGAAAUUUUAGUGGAUCUCCUACAAGCACUUGUUUUAUGUUUAGAUGGUAUAAAUAAUGACACAAAUAUUAGGUGGAAUAACUGUAUAGCGGGCCGAGCAUUUGUACUCUGUAGUGCAGUAACUGAUUUUGAUUUCAUUGUUACCAUUGUUGUUCUUAAAAAUGUUCUAUCUUUUACAAGAGCCUUUGGGAAAAAUCUCCAGGGGCAAACUUCUGAUGUCUUCUUUGCAGCCAGUAGCUUGACUGCAGUGUUGCAUUCACUAAAUGAAGUGAUGGAAAAUAUUGAAGUUUAUCAUGAAUUUUGGUUUGAGGAAGCCACCAAUUUGGCAACCAAACUUGAUAUUCAGAUGAAGCUCCCUGGGAAAUUCCGCAGAGCUCAGCAGGGGAACUUGGAAUCUCAGCUGACCUCUGAGAGUUACUAUAAAGAAGCUCUAAGUGUUCCAACAGUGGAACACAUCAUUCAGGAACUGAAAGAUAUAUUUUCAGAACAGCACCUCAAAGCUCUUAAAUGUUUAUCUCUGGUACCCUCUGUCAUGGGACAGCUCAAAUUUAAUACGUCAGAGGAGCACCAUGCUGACAUGUACAGAAGCGACCUACCCAAUCCUGACACACUCUCAGCUGAGCUGCACUGUUGGAGAAUCAAGUGGAAACACAGAGGGAAAGAUAUAGAGCUUCCAUCCACCAUUUAUGAAGCCCUCCACCUGCCAGACAUCAAGUUUUUUCCUAAUGUUUAUGCAUUGCUAAAGGUCCUAUGCAUUCUUCCUGUGAUGAAGAUUGAGAAUGAACGCUAUGAAAAUGGGCGAAAGCGUCUCAAAGCGUACCUGAGGAACACUUUGACAGACCAAAGGUCAAGUAACUUAGCUUUGCUUAACAUAAAUUUUGAUAUAAAACACGAUUUGGAUUUAAUGGUGGACACAUAUAUCAAGCUGUAUACAACUAAGUCAGAGCUUCCUACAGAUAAUUCUGAAACCAUCGAAAAUACCUGAGAGACUUUAAAAAUAGGUUUUCUUUUAUAUUUGAUAUCGAAAGAAAUCUAAGAAAUUUGAAAACAUACAAAAGCUAUAAGGUGUGUAGGCCACUUAAUCACUGAAUAUCUUUUGUACAUUAGCCAUUGAUAAUCUGCCUGUUUAAAUGGUCCCUGUUUGAACUCUCAUGCGUUGGAGAACUGACUCUUCUUCCAGAAGACAGCAUCGAAAGUGCCAUGUUGCACUUCUGUGUGAUCUCUGCUGAUGGCACUUUGGAAUUGUUUUAGUUAAGUCAUUUUUGACAUAACAUUUAUUAUCACUGUGGAUCCAGUUGUCGGGUAUUGGGUUAUCAGUUCUUUGAAGAAAUAAAUUUUGAGGAGGUGUGGAAGGAAGGAAUACAUUUUAUAAAAUCUUACAAUGAAGCUCACGACUAACCUUUGAAUAGCAAGUGUUUUAAGUAUGCUGUUAAAUAUCUGUAACGUACAGUUAAGGGAAUUACCAGACAGUGAAAGAAACGUGAGCUUGCCAAAUAAGGAUUUCAUUGUAGAUUUUCUCUUUAUCCAGUGAUCUUAAAGAAACAAGUUACAGUUAAAGAUUGAAUGGAAGAACCUGCCAUUGUUGUUCCACAUCUGGAUGUUGCUGUUUACAUUCCUUUGUUGAGCCGAUAUCUUCAUAAGCUUUUUGCAGGUAUAUGUCGAACACUUCUGUUUCAUGGUCAAGACAGGUUCAGAGGCCAUGGAUACUGACGACUGAUUUAUUCUGUCUUUUUCCAUGACUGUAUCUGCUGCCUCAUCUUGAAUUAUAAGCAAAACCUGGAAAACCUACAAAAAUGUGUUUUGUAGUUAUCUAGGAAUAAUACAGAAAAUAUUGCUGUUAUUUUUGGUGAAGAAAGUCAAUUUUGUAUAGUUUAUUUCAACGUAAAUAAAAUGUGAGUUUUGUUUAAA